UUGCCCACACCUUCAAUAAUUCUUUCUAGUUGGUUGUCCUCUUUUUCCUUCUUUGCUUAAAUGCACCUCAUUCUUCUUCUUCUCCUUCUCCAUCCUUUGUUUUCAUUUUCUCUUCCAUCUUUGAGUACUCUCUAAGUUUCAAGUUUAAAGUAUGGAGGAGGAGAAGCCGAGGAGAAAGAGAAGGAGAGUUUGCGCUAUCGAACCGAAUGAGCUCGUCUACGCAAGCUUUCCGAGCAACUACAUUAGCCGGCUUUUGCCGGCUCUUGUUCGAGUUACCGGCAUUGCUUCAUGUGAAGCACACAAAGAUGAAGACAUGGAAAAAACAGUGAGGUUUGAAGUAGACAUGGCCUUGGCAACAUCCACUAGUUGUUUCAAAUGGAGCAGUGCUUUGCAACACCAACUUGAACAACAAGAACAACAAGAACAACAAGAACAACAACAACAAGGCAAGUUUGAUAGUAAGACAGUUAUUAUUCCAAACCCUAACCCUAGAAAAGGAAUUAGUGAACAUAAGAAGAAGAAGAAUAGUGGAGAAGAGGAGUUGGAGUUUAGGGUUAGGGCAUUGAGAAAGAUUGUGCCAGGUGGAGAGGAAAUGAAUGCAUGUGAGUUGCUCACAGAGAUGGAAAGUUAUGUGGUUUGUUUGCAAAUGCAAGUGUACAUUCUCAAGUCUCUUGUUGCUAACCACUGAUCAGGAAGAGGAAGAAGAAGAAACCCUAACCCUAAUUAGGGUUUUUGUCAAGCAAAAGCUUGUUUGUAAUCAUAUUUUGAUGAAGAUUAACUAGUGAUGUAAAUAAGUUGAUGAUCCUGCAUGCAUUGCAUGGAAUA